GCCCAUCCAUCCAUGACUUGUGUUUCUUCUGCCACUUCUAUCUGCUUCUGCUUCCCUCUUCCUUUUCUUCCUUCUCUCGUCAUUCCUCUCUGCUCAUCUCUCUUCCACCUCGUCCCGACGACAACCUCACCUGCCUCUCCUCGACAGACCGAUCAAUCCCCUUUCGCGACAACCGUCAAGUCAACCCCAACACCGCAAAAAUGGCCCAGGUUCAGGAGUUCACCAUGCAGGAUGUUGCUGAGCACAACACCAAGAACGACAUGUACCUCGUAGUCCACGACAAGGUCUACGACUGCACCAAGUUCCUCGACGAGCACCCUGGUGGUGAGGAGGUCAUGCUCGACGUCGCUGGCCAGGACGGCACCGAGGCUUUCGAGGAUGUCGGCCACAGUGACGAAGCCCGGGAAGCCCUCGACAAGCUCUACGUCGGUGAGCUGAAGCGCAUGCCUGGCGAGGAGGGCCCCAAGCGCACUAUCGUCAACUCGAACCAGAGCACCGGCAAGGAUUCGACCAGCCUCGGCCUCGGCCUGUACGCUGUGGUCGUCGCCGGUGGCUUCUUCGCCUACCUGGGAUACCAGUACCUCCAGAACCAGGCCGAGGCUCAGGCUGCCCAGGCCUCCGCAUGA